GGCUUCUCAUAAACUUGGACGCGUCCUGCUAAACGAUGACCAAACGGCACGAAGGAGCACGAGCGAGCCAUCGUGUCGCGUCAAAGCACGCUGGAUAGGCUGGCUUUCCUCCUCCCUUUCUUUCUUUCUUUUUUUUUUUUUUUUUUUGGGGGACUUAACUUAAGAGACAGAGAGAGAGAGAAAGAGAGAGAGAAGGAAAGUCCAGACUGCGGUAGCAACACCUCAGAGAGAGAGAGAGAGAGAGGGAAGAAGAUCUUGUACAAGCUCCCCAAGCUCUCCAGUAUUCCCAGGAGGAAUAUUCCCUGUCGCGCGGUAAAGAUUCCAGAAUUCCUGGGAAUGAUCACGCGGAGAAGAAGCGCGUCCCGGGACAUGAUCGUCUUAUUGUUUUUCAUGCUGCGCGCUCCCGGCGCACACUGCGCGCUCCCUUCCACCCCGAUGGCUAGCGUGCAUCCUCAGGACCCGGCUCUUCGGAUCGGCGCCAGCUUGACCGCCACGUGUUCUGUCGGCACGGACCACGGCCUGCACGCCGGCUCGCUCUACUGGACGCUGAACGGCCGACGGCUUCCCAGCAACACCUACAGCGUGCUCAGCCCCAGCGUCCUCAGCGUCACGCUGAGCAACCUGAGCGGCUCGCGUCAGCGCUCGGGCGACAAUCUGGUGUGUCACAGCGGCGGGGGGCACGUGCUCGCCGGGUCCUGUCUCUACGUGGGCAUGCCGCCUGAGAAACCCGUGAACCUUACGUGUUGGUCGAGAAACACAAAAGAUCUCACCUGCAAAUGGGCUCCUGGGGGUCAGGGGGAGACCUUCAUCAAGACCAAAUACACACUCAAAUACAAGCUGAAAUGGUACGGCCAGGAGAAAGAGUGCGACGACUACAGCGGCGGGCAGCCGUACACGUGCUACAUCCCGCGCGACCUCGCCCUCUUCACGCCCUAUGAGAUCUGGGUGGAGGCCUCCAACCAGCUCGGGAGCGCCACCUCAGACGUCAUCAACCUAGAUAUCCUGGAUGUGGUGACGACGGAUCCUCCGGCCGAUGUGCACGUGAGCCGCGUGGGCGAUCUGGAUGAUCAGCUGACCGUACGCUGGGGAACACCGCCUGCCCUCAAAGACUAUCUCUUCCAGGCCAAGUACCAGAUCCGCUACAGGCUUGAAGACAGCACCGAUUGGAAGGUGGUGGAUGACAUGGGGAACCAGACGUCCUGCAGGUUGGCAGGGCUCAGGCCGGGGACCGUAUACUUCGUCCAGGUGCGCUGUAACCCAGUGGGCAUCCUGGGAUCGAGGAAGGCGGGUAUCUGGAGCGACUGGAGUCAUCCGACGGCAGCGUCCACGCCACACAGUGAGCGCUCAAUGGCAGGGUCGUGCGACUCCAAAGCGGCCCGGCAGAACUCGACACUGCGUCAGGACCUGAAGCAGUUCUUCAGCUGGGUGCGCAAGCGUGUUUCCGACUGCAGCGCCAUGAGUAUCAAACAAUACGACCAGUGGCGCGUCUGGCUGCAAAAGUCUCACAAAACCCGAAACCAGGUUCUUCAAGGAGAUAAAUCGUAGCAACGUCACCCCCUGGCUGCUGGAAUAUUGGACAAGAUGGGGGAUGGUGUGGGGUGGAUGGGGGGACAGCUAGCUUUCUUUUUCUUGCCACGCUAGCUGUGAGUCCUGCUGCAGAAAGACUUGAGAAGGAACAACCUGAGAUUUCAAAUCCACUGGACACUUCAUUAAAAAAAAAGUGCCUCUUUUUGGUCCAUACAGGAAACCAGCCAUUUUUUUUAAAUGUUGAUUGAUACCCAUGACAGAUAUGGAGGAUACCUUGGGCUGGGAUUUGCACAUUUUGUUCCGAGGAUGACGUCACAUGAUCGUGCUUUCAUUUCUGUGAUAUUAUUACAUCACAGAAGGCUGCAAUAUGUAAAUGAGCCCCUCUAACUAGUGCCUUAAUGUUUUAUGAUGUGUAUAUUGUGUGCUAAACGCUCCAGAUUUGAGAUUUGAUCGCAGGAUUCACACGAACCAACUUUUUCCGAGUAGCCAAAUCGUAAUGACAUAUCAACAAGCAGAAUAUGUCUGAAUACACAUUUUUUUUGUGUGUUUUUUGGUAGUCUUCAUGAGUGUCCACUCUUACCAAAGAUACCUGUACACUAGGUGUGGGUGAUAUAGCAGGAAUAUUACACCAUGAUAUUUAAAGAUAUUUUUCACAUUACACUCUGAACCAUAAAAUUCCACCUCUUGAACAUUUUUUUUUUUACAUAGAAAGGUGAAUAUAGUGUAGCUUUAAAGGUUUAAAUUUUCUAAAAGGUGAUUUUGGUUCAAUUAUUUACCUUAAAUCUUUUUUUAAAGGUACACUUUAUCCACAUUUCCAGCUGAAAGAUACAUAUAUGCAUUUGUAAGUAGUGCCAAAAAAGGAAAAAGUGCAAAAAUGUAAAAAAAAAAAAAAUUGGUACAAAAAUUGAAAUUUAACAUCCAGUCAGCUACUUGUUACUAUGUAACUGCUGACGAUAUUCCAGAAAAUGAUGUUUCGUGAUAUUAUCUCGUAUCAUCCAGCCCUAUGAUCAGUCAUUCAUGAGCGUUCCAGUUCUAUGCAGUCGUUUAUGUGCAUUUUGACAGGAAUACCUCACAGGUUGUAAUAUGCAGAUGACCUCAUUCAUCUAAGUUUUAAUAAGUUAAAAAAUAUAUAUAUUUUUCAGCCAAUUUUUUUUACUGAUGGUUCUUUUAAAAUUUCUAAUAUCACAAUCUCAGUAUAUAGCAAUAAAAAUCAGUGUAGUAUUUUGUCCAUAUUGUGCAACCCAACUCACAACAAUCUUGGAAAAAAUAUUUCCAAGAUUGGAAAUAUAUAAAUAUAUAUAUUUUUUAAAUAGAAUUCAUUUAUUGAAUUUUAUGUUUUGUGUUGAUGCUUAAACCCCACACACACACACAUGAACCAUCUGGUGUCACCUUUCUGGACUAAAAGAGAAAAGAAAUUUCUCUUGUAAAAAUUCGACCGUUAAAACAUUUCUACUUCUAUCGCAGCGGGACUCAAGAUAAACAGCGCAACAUCGCAAAGUUUGCGUUCGCAAGAUGCAGAAGCCGGGACUGACUGGGUCACCAUUCUGUUUAUUCAGCGGUGGAUUAAUCCUCUCACUCUUUUUGCCGUCAUGGCUGGAAUUCCAAAAAAAAAAAAAAACAAAAAACUGCAAUCGAACUCUGCGGGACUGUUAGUAAAUAAUUGUAUGUAUGUUUGUACAAUUGUACUGCUUUUUAUUUUUGUACUGAAUUGUAUCAGCGUAUUUAAAAAAAGUGUAAAGUUUCUGGCUCUUAAGUUAUAAGUAGGUAGUUUGUAAUAUGACUGAAUUAUUAAACUGUAAUAUUGAACAUCA